UCAGCACGUUUUGUGGUUCACAUAAAAUAGAACACUCCUAUUUUUAUGUGAAUGGUAUCAACUAAUUUUCCAGAGUAUACAAACACCCUGUGGGGAUAAAACUCAAAGACAGUGAACUUUAUUUUAUUGUUAUCAAAAUGUGGCAUCACAUUCUUUGAGUCGCAUCGCUACAUGUCAAGCAAAGUAUGUUCCGUGGAGGUAACGCGAUCCGGCCGCUUUUAACAGCCAGCAGUAACCUCGGAAUCGGAGGUGGUGAAGAGAAAAAAAUCGUUGCCUUUAGCGCGAUUCGAAUGCUAAUUGUCCAUCUUCGAUUAAUGAGUUGUCACUCUUUUCCGGUCAGGAAACAAAACGGCAAUGCCGUGAGGAAUAACAGAACAACCGCACGAGGGAACGAAGUGAGAAAGUUGGCGGUCAUGUGACGGUGCCAGAUGUUAGACAGCGGAUGAGUUAUCAGUGCGCGCCAUCACAUGAGUAGGACAGUUCAAGUCAGUCUGUCGAGUGGAGGGGCGAAGUGAGUGACGUCUGCUGCUGGUCUGCGUGUCGGUAACUCCAGAAGAUGUGGUGGGUGCUGUGGGUGUGUCUGCUAGGCACUGCUCACGCAUGCGUACGUGAGCCUCGAGAAGAGCAUUCCACUGCAUUGAGGAGCCCUGGUGACAAUGGAUUCCACAUACAAGUGAGUGGUGAGCCGGAGCGCUAUGUGCCUGGAGCAGUGUAUACAUUGUCACUUGUGGGCUCCCGCACCCAUGGCCGCCUUCAGCAAUUCACCCGCUUCAUGCUGGGUGUAGAACCACUUGACCCUCACCAUGGUGUUGUGCUGGGGUCAGAUGCCUCCCCUCAGCGAGUUGGCAGCUUUCAGUUGUUCGGAGACUCACUCACCACAUUUAAUGAGCACUGCAUCAACACCAUCUCAGAAGCUGAUGACCUUCCCAAAACAGAGAUUCAGGUCAUGUGGAUAUCACCACCAAAAGGAUCUGGCUGCAUCAUAUUCAGAGCCAUGGUACUGGAAGACGCAGACAACUGGUAUGCAGAUGAUGGGGCACUCAGUCGGAAACUUUGCGAACUCGUUGAGUCAGAUAAGGGGAGGAAGAGUGAAGAUGAAGAAGAGUGCUGUGCAUGUGAUGAGGCAAAGUACGAGCUGAUAUUUGAAGGCUUGUGGUCAAACCAUACACACCCAAAAGACUUUCCAUUCUCGCUGUGGCUGACUCACUUUAGUGAUGUGAUUGGAGCUUCACAUGAGCGCAACUAUUCCUUUUGGGGUGAGGGCCAGCUAGCUUCUGAUGGUCUCCGCCAAGUUGCAGAGUGGGGAUCGGUGCGAGGAAUGGAAGCUGAACUGAGAGCAAAGAGCAAGCAUCUCCGCACCCUCAUCAAAGCAGCUGGAUUGUGGUACCCACGAGUAAACACCAACAGUACAUCCACCUUCAGAGUAGAUCAGCGCCAUCCAUUAGUGUCAGUUGUUUCUAUGUUAGGGCCAACUCCGGACUGGAUAGUUGGAGUACCGGGGCUGAACCUGUGCAACAAGGACUGUACAUGGAUAGAACAGAAAAUUGUUGACUUGUACCCAUGGGAUGCUGGCACUGACAGUGGAAUAAGUUAUAUGUCUCCAAAUAGUCCAACUGUCCCACAGGAGAAGAUCCAUCGCAUCACUACACUAUAUCCAGAGGAUCCCAGAGCUCCCUUCUAUGAUCCAUCGGGCAAACCCAUGUUGCCCUUAGCUCGCCUGUUCCUGAGAAGAGACUCUGUUAUUCCCAAAGGCUGCGAUGAGCAGAGUCUGGACAGGAUUCUGGAGGAAGCUGUUGAAGUUGCUGAGAAUACAGAGGAUACAUCUAGGCCGGAGUGUGGCGUGACGGAAUAUUCUGAGUGGAGUGCAUGCUCAGUAACAUGUGGAAAGGGACUGAGGAUGCGACAGCGUAACUACCUGAAUCAAGCAAAAGCAGGUAUGAUGGGCUGUGAUCGACAGCUUGUGUCAAAGGAGAUGUGUGUUGCUGACAUACCAGAGUGUGCUGGAGGUCCUGUAGCUGAUAAUGAUCAGCAGCCGCUGGAGGACAAUGAGGGGAUUUGUACCACUACUUCUUGGGGUCCAUGGUCAGAGUGCUCUGUCACUUGUGGAAUAGGCACUUCUACUCGCACCAGGAAAUUUGUUGAGCGACUUGGUCGUAAGAAGUGUCCUCACGUGUCCAUCAUUGAGCGGGAGAAGUGCAUGCAGCCGCCAUGCAGAGGAGAGGAUGCAAAUCAUGAAGUGGCAGAUCCCAUGUGCCCUGUGACAGAGUGGAGUGACUGGAGUCCAUGCAGUGCAUCCUGUGGGAAGGGUGUGAAACUGCGCACUCGUCUGCUGUUGGUUGCACCAGAACUGCAGGAGAAGUGCAGUGCACGCGUGGAGCUGGUGCAACAGAGACACUGUAUUGUGCAGGAGGACUGCACUUUUGACAUGGUCAUUGCUAAACAGGUAUGCAUGAUGGAGCAGGAAGUUGGUCCUUGUCAAGGUUAUUUUGAGCGCUGGUAUUUUGAACCCAGGAAAGGAAUGUGCGUGCCAUUUGGUUAUGGUGGUUGUCGAGGAAAUCGUAAUAACUUUCUCACAGCUAAGGAGUGCAAUGAUGCCUGUGCUGUUGUUAGGGAUCAGCUUUUGCAACAAGGGGCUCCUCAGGUGCAAGGGCUGAGUUCUAAUGUAGUGGUAACAGCAGCUCCUCCUCCUGUCGACUGCAUGGUGAGUGACUGGAGUGUGUGGACAGAUUGCAGUGUCACUUGUGGCACUGGCAUCAGGGAGCGGUUCCGCAUGAUCAAGGUAAAAGCUGAAAAUGGAGGUCGACCAUGCCCUAAACGCUUGGUUCGGAGGAAGAAGUGCCAAAUGGGACCUUGUGAAAUUUAAUAUUUCCUAAUUAUUGGAAAACAAAAAACUAGCUUUAGGAGAAGAAGGAUUAACAUGCCACUAUCCCAUGAAGUAAAUGAAAUGCAAGUGGUUCCAGGGACUGGUGGACUUCAAACCAUUUUUCAUUGUGGUGUCAGGAACUUCACAUAAUGAAGAUUUACUUUCAGAUUUGCAGUUGUCAUUUACUACACAGAAAUAGGUAUACAGUUAUUUUUACAUAUAACAAAUCCUUAUAAAUUAACUGCAACAUUUGAGAAGAGAAAUAAAAAUUGUACACAGGUGAGAAUGAAGUUUCUACAAUGAAACUCUUGAAAGUACUGUUCUCUAGGAUUCUAUCCCAUGGAGUAAAAUGUUUAUUUCCAUUCAGCUUGAACUUUAAGAAAUGGCUUAUGAUCCCCGGUGAACUGUUAUAGAAAAAUAAGGUCUUGGUGCAUAUAUGCCUUACUUAUGUUAUAAAAAACCUAUAUUUCAUUUUAUAAGUUUGAUAGUUUAUAAUCAUUUUUAUAAAUAUAUUAAUAAAGUUGAAGGCAAUUUUUUUUCCUUUGAAAGUUUUUAAAAUAAGUUCUGACUUUUAACUCAUUCUGUAAGUAUCAACUGUGAGCAUGGAGGCAAGCUGACUGGUUGUGAACAUCUGGUCAAUGAAUUGUUUGGUUAUUAUAAAAAUGACAUAAUUACAAUAAAAUUGACAUAUUAGUUUACUUUUUCAUAAUCGAUAAUGUGAUGUAUUGUAUAAGAAUUGAUAUAGCUGGUUGCAUUAUAUGCAGCUAGUCAGCAUUUUUGUUUAAAGUUUUUUUCUUCUCCCUAAUAUGUUUUCACUUAAAGUGGUCAUUUGACAACCAACUCUGUCCAUCCAUCUCCAGCUUCCACAAGCUCAGUUUCUUCCCAAGAAAUUCUUCUUGUUUUCAGACUUCUGGAAUGUAAAUAGAGCAUGUCGUUUAUGUGAUAGUUUUAGAAACAAAAGUUCUACUUUCAGUCAUCAAUGUCUCAAUAUGAUUUAUAAAUAGCUAGCCAGAACCAGACAGCAGCACAUAGUAAAUUGCCAGUAUGUGACAGUUUUAAUUCUUUUUGUACGUUGAUAAAAAUAAACAGUAGGACAAUGCAAAAAUGAAGAACAAACUUUCCAUCAGGUGUUAUACACAAAACAAUAUUUCUUCCACUACUGUGAAAGACUACAGACUACAUGAGGCAACAUCAUAGAAGACAGCCACCUUCAUCCUGAAAUCUUCCCUUCUACCACUUCAUCAUGUGAUUGCCCUUAAUUUUUAUGCCUGUACCUGCUUCUUCAGAACUAUUUUCAUUCCUCUGUUUCACUUCCUGAUUGCUGUUCGCUUCACAUCCCCAUCAUCAUGAUAGCAAUGUCAACCGACUGAUGAUCAACUUUCAUGGCUGUGGGCCUGAAAUUUUAUUAAUUUUUGUCGCCUUGAAUGCUUCAGAUCAUGCUAUGUACACUUGUUAUUUGGAGGUCGGUAUUUGUUUCUGUAAUACAAUUUUGUGUGCAUUAACUUGAACAUAAUAAAGAUUAAAACUCA